UCCAUCUUCCACCAAGAUCUUUCCAUUGCCACCCUUGAAAAAUGAACUGAGGAGAAGAAGUGGUACUCGGCUGUCUCAUCGACGACAAGUUUGUGCACAAAUUCUUCCUGAAUUGGGCACGCAGUAAAGCCUCUGCUUGUACCCAGUUCCAGGAGGCCGUUGGAGUCGUGGACGCGGGCCGUACGUUGCUGGCUUGACUUUCACGCUCUCUUUUGGCCCUUGGGCGACCGCGUCUACGUUAGGGGAGGGCAGGUAUCGUAGUCGAGGCUGGAGCGUGUGUAGUGGGCGCGUAUCAAGCGGUCGAUGAGGUGGCAGAUGAAACAGCAACCUCUGAGGUCCGAGAAGGUGUGUGUGAAGCGACGUCGGAUGGGGCGGUUACAGCAAGGGGGCUUGCAUACUGCAGCUGUUCCAACUCCCGUUUUAAAGUCUGAAAUUCGUUCGGUUUCGGGGAAAGGGUUACUUGGAGCAGCGUUCGACGCGGUAGAUUUGCUUCCUCAAGGCCUCGUUGGCGCAAAUGUUUUGAGGGAGUGCUUGCAAUCAAGAGACACGGAACUUUGA